AUGGAAAUUAAAGAAAUAUUGUACAAGCAAGAGUUGUACAUAGCGAAACUAUUAGAAAUGGCGUCGAGACCGGUCAAAAUAAACGAGCUCCUUUAUUUUGUUAAUAAUAAUUUAAGUUUAAUAGAGGAAGAAUCAUUUAUUAAUAAUACUAGUGAAUUUUAUACUAGUGACGAUAUCGUUUUAGCAAUUAAAACGUUAAAAUGUGAAAUAGACUCACUAAAGCUAGAUAAAAUGAAAAAAUUUCCCUCGCGCGGGAAUUCAAAACGUGAAAAACUUCUGGAAUGCUUGUCUUCAUUCAGUUAUAUUAAAAAUAACAAUUUGUUGGAUAGAAUAGCGUUGUUUGGCAGUUCUGAUAUAAAUAAAAUACCAAACACGGAAAACUGGCUGAAAAUAAAUUUCGACUUCGUUAACAAACAAAUAAAAGAAAUGUUGUUCGCUCAACAAGCUGAGAUUAAUAAAAUGUUUUUGUCUUAUACUACCGAGUUGGAUAAUGUGAAAAAUAAACUUAACUCUCUUGUUGCAAACUAUGUUGGCAAAAAAGUAAACGUUGACUCAGUAAUCUCUAACAAUGUAAAUAACACGUUGCCACCAACUAACCAAAAUGCGCCAGGAAUUUUGUGGGCGGACUUCGUGUCAUCACCCACACUGGACGAAGCGUUCACGUUGGUGAAGCGGCACAACAAACGUCUACGUUUGAAUGUCUCAUUGGAGGUCAACAACAACGGCGAAACCACUUCAAACAACAACAACGGCGAAACCACUUCAAACAACAACAACGAAAACACGGCAAACAUCAAGACAGCUAAAAAACCAACAAAAGUUAUUGGCAAAAAAGUUAUUGAAGAUUGUAAAUUGAGGGCAGACAAAAAUUUAAUUAAAAAAUCUGUGUUCUCAAUGAACAACAUUAAAAUAUCGUUGGAUAAAAAUUUUGACAAAGAUGACCAGAAAUCAACAAUGUUCAGAGUCCGCAUCGAUAGCUCAGAUGUCGGUAAGAUGAAGGAUCCUGGCAUUAUGUUGAAAAACAUUAUUGUGCGCGAAUGGCGCUUCAAUCAGACGAAACCUGAUGCUAAUACUCUGAAUGGAAAGUAA